CCUUCACUCAUGCGGCUGAAUGGCCGCUUGAAGCCCACCCCGACAAACAGAGGCCGCAACAACCCCCUUCCCUCAGACAGACGGACAGACGGACGGACGGACAGACAGAGCGGGGGCCCGGGAUUGCGAUCUCCUCGCGGCCUCCUCACACAAAACAAUCAUCACCGCCCGAUCCACAGCGGAGCCCUGAGGGCAGAGAGAGGAAACGACAGCGUUUUGUUUAUGCUGUGAUACCAAAUCAAACCAUUGGAAGGCAGCAUUGAGGAGAGGCUCAUUAACGGGAAGUUUUGAUUGAACGACUUUGGACCUGACAUGCCGUCAACAGUUGAACGCAGAGAGGGCAGCAGACAACGUAUUCAGAAUCAGCUUGAGACUGAUGGCAUGCAAGUUGAUGAAGCGUGGCAUAAUGUGACCAAUGUGGAGGUUGAAGAAAGCAGAGAACUUUUGAAGGAUUAUGACAAUAGAUUGCCCCAAUCUGACCAUAGAGGACAUGGUGGCAUUAAGGGGGAGUUGAACAAUAUUCUGUUGCUUCUAUUCCUCUAUGUCUUACAGGGAAUACCACUUGGUCUGGCUGGAAGCAUCCCACUUAUCCUGCAAAGCAAGAACGUCAGUUACGCAGAUCAAGCUUUUUUCAGCUUUGUCUUCUGGCCUUUUAGUUUGAAACUGCUAUGGGCUCCCUUAGUGGAUGCUGUUUAUUUGCCAAGCUUCGGACGGAGAAAAUCUUGGCUAGUGCCUACUCAGUAUCUUCUAGGGCUCUUUAUGCUUUAUCUAUCACUUCAAGUGGAAUCAUUAUUAAAAAGCGAUGAGCACACCAGCCCUGACAUUGUCACAAUUACAGCUGUGUUUUUUCUGUUUGAGUUCCUGGCUGCUACUCAGGAUAUAGCGGUGGAUGGCUGGGCAUUGACUAUGUUGUCCAGAGAGAACGUAGGAUAUGCCUCCACUUGCAAUUCAGUUGGACAGACAGCAGGCUACUUUCUGGGUAAUGUGCUCUUCUUAGCACUGGAAUCAGCGAACUUCUGCAACAAAUAUUUACGUUCUCAGCCUCAACCCACCGGAAUUGUCACUCUCUCGGAUUUUCUGUUUUUCUGGGGAAUAAUAUUCUUAGUGGUCACGACUUUGGUCGCAGUAUUUAAAAAGGAACGUGCGGGAGAAGCGCAGGAUGAAGUACAUCAAGGAAUCCAAGAAACCUACAAAUCGCUGCUCUGUAUAAUCAAGCUGCCUGCUGUCCUCACUUUCUGCAUUAUGCUUCUAACAUCCAAAAUUGGAUUUUCAGCUGCUGACGCAGUCACUGGAUUGAAGUUGGUCGAAUUGGGUGUACCAAAAGAGCAACUGGCUCUCCUCGCUGUGCCCAUGGUUCCUCUGCAAAUAAUGCUCCCUUUUGUGAUAAGCAGAUAUACAGCUGGCCCACGCCCAUUGGAUGUUUUCUACAGUGCUAUGCCAUACAGGUUGCUGAUGGGCCUGGUGUUUGCUGUGCUGGUUUGGUGGACCUCCAUUGUGAAGCAGGGGACAGAGUUUCCAGCUUAUUAUUACGCAGUUUUGCUGUUUAGUUAUGCAUUACACCAGGUAACACUGUACAGCAUGUAUGUUGCAACCAUGGCAUUCAAUGCCAAAAUCAGUGAUCCUUCAAUUGGAGGAACGUAUAUGACUCUUUUGAACACAGUUUCCAAUCUGGGUGGCAAUUGGCCAGCAACAGUCGCUCUCUGGUUGGUUGACCCGCUUACAGUCAAGGAGUGUACAGGUGCACAGGAACAAAGCUGUGGAUCGGUCAUAGAAUCUGAACUUUGUAUAAAGGCUGGUGGCUCCUGUUUGACCACACUGGAUGGCUAUUAUUUGGAAUCGAUAUUCUGCAUUUUAAUCGGGUUCAUGUGGUGGCUCUUUUGUGGAAACAAAUUGAAAAAACUGCAGGACAAUGGCCGUUCUACGUGGCAGUGCAAGCGGAAUAAUUAAGGUCGCCACCAUCAGAAUGUUGGAUAUAUAAUCAAUUCAACAUUUUUGUUUUCAAGGGAAUGACAUUUGUUCAGUUUUAGUUUACUUAAUAUGUUUGUAGAAACUCUAUGAUAGCGACGUGAUUGCAUUUGCAGAAAAGUUGAUUGAAGGCAUUUUUUGUUUUAUCAAUACAGUUUUGAUGUUUCAAUUGAGUUUAAACCAAGUAUGUUUCUGAGGGCACAUGCAAUGUGGUUGUGUAUCUGAACUGCUUCUGGUAUCACACAGUUACAAAUCGCUUUAUUUUCAUAUUGCCUUAUUUUAAUACUUCCCUGUAAUCAAGACAACUGUUAGCUUUGAUCAUAGCUUUGUUUUUCAUUUCAUUUAAGUAAAUGUCAAGACACUUGUAACAUUUAUGAACUGUAUAAUUUCGUAGAAAUUGUGAUGUAAAGAAGUGUUUCUUCAUUGACAACGUUAACCUGCAGUUUUGCACUGCUAGACUAUAGGGUUUGCUUUUUCACGCGUUAAAUUAAUAGAACCUAUAGUUUUGUGGUGCUCUGUGAAACAGUACUAUGGUAUACAGACCCUUUUGAGAGUCAGAUUAUUAGAAUAUUGUCUUGAGGAAUACAGAAGAUGGUAAAACCAUUGUAAACCAAACUCUUAGAAAUCUGCACUACUGCUAUCUCUGUAACCAAUAAGACUUAUCAUUUCUGUAGAGAAACAUUUAGCCAGUAUUUGACUGCAGCCAUGCUCAAUACUAGUAUUUCAACAAGGGUUGCACUUAAUCCAUCAUGUACUUCAAAAGGCAAAAUACUAACCUGAACGUUCUCAGCGACUUCUGUUUUUGUGCUUCAAAAGGUUGCAGUCUUCAUGAAUACAGUUUAUACUUCGACCAAAAGAUGAAUGUCAUUUUGUGCAUUAAGAUAUGUUGGUGUCCAUCCAAUAUCAUCAAUGUGGAUUUUUUUGUUAAACCAAUGGUGUCAGCAAAAUACAUUGGUCUUGGAAAACACCAACAUGGUUGUUUACUUGAAGUUAAUACAGAGUAAGAUGGACCAGAUAUUGACUGCAAACCUUUAUGGUUAUAGCUACUGCUCCUACAGGUAGGUUUAUAGAAGUGGCCAUAAGAGAAGCAAUCUCUCAUCGCUUCUGUAAGACUGGGGGCAGCCUGUACAGCCAUCAAAUGCAGUGAAUAAUGUUAUGCGCUUCUAUAGCAAGGGCCAAAGUUCUUCAUGUUGUGAAUUGCCCAACAAAAUAUCUGAUCAAUGAGUUGAAAUGCUCAACAUGAACAUUUCACAUUGGUUAUAAGGUUUGGAUUUGAUUUCAAAACAUUUGGAGUUUUGCAAUUUACAGUAUAAAGAGAGACAAAUUUGCAGGGUGGAUUGACUCUAACAUCACCAUUUUGACAAGGUGACAAAAUACAAUUUGCUUAUAUCAGGAGAUCAGGUUUAUACAGAGUAUGAAAUCUUUUAGUAUUGACAUUCAUUCUAGUUUUUUUUUAAAUUUAAUUUGAAAUCUACACAUUCACAAAUCUAUGUUACUGGACUGAAAUUUAAACAAGUGGACUUGUACGUUUCAGUGCAAACAUACCUAAUAUUUUUGAUUGUAGAUCUAAUUUAAUAGCUUUCAAGUUCCAUUAGAUUGGAAUUCAGCAGAUACUGUAAAAGUUCAUUUGAUGCUAGAAAAAAUGCUGAAUGACUUCUAAGAUAUAAAUGUAGGAGAAAGGUUUCAGUUAAAAGAUUCUCUAUUCUUCCACCCCUGAAAAUAUACUUAGCAAAACAAGUCAAAAAUCUUCUACUUUGUAGAAAAACUUAGGUACAGGAAUACAGAUGUGUUCCUGUAGCAUUGUGUGGCUUCAUGCUCCUCUGAUUUAAGCAAGUUUUAGCUCCCUAACUUGUUUUCUGGUAAACGUCUGAAAAGAGAGGAAUCUUGGAAAUGGGAAAUUCUCAACAUUUUUGAACAAUAAAAUAUAAGCACACUUCAAAAUAACUAGCUGCUCAGAUUGCUGUGCCCUAACUGAUUAUAUGUACAAAUGUUUGCCUUUGAAUAAGUGUGUGUGUCCACACUGCACCAUGUUUAUUUUUGUUUCCAACACACUGAGUAAUAAUCCUUGCAUCUGAUAUAGCAACGUAUCAAGUCUUCGAGACAUCUCAAAGCGCUUCACAGAAUAUACUGAAAAGUGAAUUGACUGUAAAUUUGUGGACGAAACGCGGCAGCCAAUUGCCCACCGCAGCGUCUCGCAAACAGUCGUGGACUGAGUGACUAAAUUAUUAUUGGGUUUUUUGUUUAAGGAUUAUCAUCUCCAGAAAAGCUAUUCACCAACCAAAUGUUGCUUUUGAAUUGUGACAUUUUUAUUUAGUCUGUAAAUAUGUCUGUAAAGUACUUGAGAAUAUGAUUUGUCUUUUCUGCAAAAAAAAUGUGUGUUCGGCAUUGAGGCACCUAUUACAGUUCUGAAAUCAAUUGUAUGAAAUUAUUAUGAACUUUAUAAUCAAUCUAAUCAACGGA